UUGCAUCCCAAGUGUUUGUUCUUUUGUUUCUUACAAGUUUAAUUCAUUUGCUACACACUUUCUCUAAAUCUCUUAGUUUUGGUAAUUUUAGAAUCAUAGAUUUAUUUUUAUUUUCAGUUUAAUUCGAGCUUAAACUUCCAACACAACCACUAAUGAUACUCUUAAUUCAGUCCACACUUCCUUAGUAAAUAAUCCACAUUUUAGUUCAAGACUUUCUUCUUUUCAAAAUUUAUUGUCACCAUAAACGUCAAUAUUUUAUCUUGUGUGAUUAUAAAAGGUUUGCUUAAUUCCCAUUGUCCCUGUGAAUUCGAUCUUGGGAUUUACCCUUGUAUUACUUUAAUAGCUUUUACGCUUGGAAGAUAAAAUUAUAAGCUGAUCAAGUUUUUGGUACCGUUGCUGGGGACAACUGGUGUUUGUCAAAGCAUUCUCUUUUUCCUGAGAGGACGUUUGUGGAGCUGUGAACCUCUUCACAGCCUAGGUGAUAUCUUUACCUCUCAUUUUACUUGUUUGUUUUUAUCUUGUUUUGUGCUGAACUUGCAUGUCUGGUUGGGCUAGAGAUAGCACAUAUAGACUUGCUAGAACUGAAUCAUCAACCUCAUCAUCGAGUGCAUCAUCUGUUUCUCUUAAUUCAGCAUUUGAAUUAUCAUUUGAUACUCAUAGUAACAUGGCUGAAGAAGGACACAAUGAUAGGGAAAUUGUAAAUCCCAACAAGACACUUAGAGAAUAUUUGCAUCAUGUUAGGACUGCAUCCUGUUAGGACCACCACUCCAUCAUGCACCAUUACACCUUUGAAUGCUCAUAAUUUCAAUUUUAAACCUAGAAUGAUACCAUUAAUUCCACAUUUUGAUGGCAUGGAAUCUGAAAACCCUUAUUUGCAUAUCACAGAGUUUAAAGAGAUUUGUUCUACAUUCAUGGACCAGACUUGCACUGAGGAGGUCAUUAGACUAAAGUUGUUUCCAUUUUCCUUAAAAGAUAAAGCUAAAACAUGGUUGAAUUCAUUAAGACCCAGAACCAUAGGCACUUUGCAGGAGAUGCAAACAGGAUUUUUGAAAAAAUUCUUCCCAAUACAUAGGACAAAUGCUUUGAAAAGACAGAUCAUGAAUUAUUCUCUAAAGGAUUCUAAAACUUUUUAUCAAUAUUGGAAAAGGUUUAAAGAUCUAUUAGAUUCAUGCCCACACCAUGGUUAUGAACAUUGGCGUGUGAUUAGUUUUUUUUAUGAAAGUUUGACACCUAAAAUGCGCCAAUUUGUACAAACCAUGUGUAAUGGAGAAUUUUUUGACAAAGAGCUUGAGGAGGCAUUUGAAUAUUUUGAUUAUCUUGCUGAAAAUGCCCAAUCUUGGGACACAACUAAUGUGCAUGAUAGGUCUAGGCAAGUUGAGUCUAGUCAUGGGAAAUAUACUAUAAAUGAAGAUGAUGAUUUGCGUGCUAAAUUAACCUUGUUGUCUAGAAAAGUGAAAGCCAUGGAAUUGAAGAAAGUAAAUGAAGUGCAUGAUGUCCCUAAACUUUCUAAGAAGUGUGGCAUAUGUGAGGAUCAUGGGCAUUCAACUAAUGAAUGUCGCACGAUCCCUGCUUUCAAAGAAGUAUUGUUGGACCAAUCUAAUGCUGUAAACAUGAUACAUAAACCAUAUUCUGGUCCUUACUCUAAUUCUUAUAAUCCAGGAUGGAGGAGUCACCCAAAUUUCAGUUGGAGGGGUGACUAGCAUGUAGCUACAGUAACCUUGGCUCUGGGGCCCUCUCAACUUGCAAUUCAAGCACCUCCAAUGCAAAAGAAGGGACUUGAAGAUACGAUUCAGCAGCUGAGUGUGACACUUCAACAAUUCAUGCAAGGUCAAGCAACACUCAACAACCAGAAUUCAUUGGCAAUUAAUGACAUAAGGAGUUCCCUCACAAGGCUGACUACAUCUUUAAGUACCCAAGAGAAGGGUAAAUUUCCUGCACAGUCACAACCAAAUCCACAAGGGCAGCCUCAUCAAGUGCAAGCAAUAAGUGAGGAUCCUAACUUAAAGUCGAUCAAAGCAGUGACUACUUUAAGAAGCGGUAAGGUAGUAGACAUUCCAGCACAUGAGCCAUACAAUUCUGGAACUGGUCAUGGGGUGCUUUGGCAACCAAUGUUUGAAGAGUCGCCAUCUUGGGGCAGCACCCAUAAAGCCAUCUUCAGAUGACAAUCACCAUCUCAUUAGAGCAUUCAGGACAUUCGAAAGUUCAAAUAUGAGGAGAGAAGCUCAUAAGUGAGCUAAGUAAAAGAAGAGCACAUCUGGGACGUGAGGCUUGAUUGUCUAAAAUGCUGGGACAUGAGGAUGACAAAAAUAAAAGGGACAUUCUUGACAAGUUACAAUCAAAGGCAAAAGGAGCCGACUGUAGGUUGCAGCAAAGGCACAUCUCAUGCACAAUAGCAGGGGAAAUCAAGCAGAGCACGGACUGAAGGAAUUUCACUUUAUUCAUUUUUUUUUUGUUUUAUUCACUGAGAGUCGGUGCAAACGUUUUGGAGGUGCAGACCUUGGGGUUUUUUUUUGUCUUUGGGUUCAUACCAAAUGGACUCGCUCGCUCGGUUUAGUUUUUUUUUUUUUUUUUUUCAGUUCUUAGUUGUUUACGUUUUGGACGAAACUCUCUCCAGAGGCUUUCAGUCGGCUAGUUUUCUUUUUACUUGUUGUUAGUUUAGUUACUUUUCAGACGGCGGGGAAGCUACUCUCUGGUUUUGAGUCCUAUUUUUGUUUUCAUUUCCUGUUUUUUGGGUUGCAGACUUUAGUCGGCGUAGCGCUGUUUUCUUUCGGCAUUGGAUUAAUUUCUUUCCUGCAGUUUUUUUUUUUUUCUUUCGGAUGUUUAUGGCACUUAUUUUCAUUAAAUCAUUUUGAUUUUUAUUCAACUUGUUUGAUUUAUUCUUCUGCAUUUAUUUUCAUACAACCAUUUGAAAUGUUAGGGUUUAUCACUUUAAAGCAUUUUACUAAUUUAGAGAUGAUAGGCUAGAUUUUUGGACUUAGGAUUCAAUGAGUAACCUAUGACUGUUUUGGAGUGGAUUUUCUUCAAUGUUAUGUGAUUUUAAUGAUUAACUUGUUGGAUGAUAUUUCAGUUU